GAUCACUUCUCUACACCGAUCUCAUACGGUGUUUCAUGUAUUUGUGCCUUGAGGGAUUGGCCCACUGGAGAGUAUACACAGAAAAACUUUCCGUUCCUGGAAGUCGAUAUUCAUGCCCAAACGCAGAGCGGCUGCAUGCUAGACGCGGGGCGGCGAUCCUGAGAUAGCAAGUGAAUGAACAACAUGAUUUGCUAAUAUUGUUGCAUGGCUAUGUCUAUAACUUAUCGUUUCUGUCUUCCCGAGUUUCAGUGAUACAUCCAUUGACGAACACUCACAACUUCUUGCCCCUCAGACCAGUUGGAUAUCAAGGGCAUACACAUUCUUCAAGAUGUAUUCCAUAGUGGUUGCUUCAGCGACCACGCUGUUUCUUAUAACUUACUUCAUUAUUUUCCCAUUGGUCAGUUUUAUCCGCGACCCCAAACAACUACGAAGGUUUCCUUCUUUUCACCCACUCGCUGGCUUCACAAACCUGAUCUUCAUGCGAGAGGCCGAGCGCGGAUUCCGGUCCAAAACGCUCUACAACCGGCACAAGGAUAACCCUGUCCUACGUAUUGGUCCGAACGCUCUAUCGUAUGGAAAUCUCCGCGCCAUCAAGGACAUUUACGGACAUGGUACAAAGUGCAUCAAGGGAGAAUUCUAUGAGACAUUGGCAGGAACACACUACCAUCUAGCCGACGUCGUCGACAAAGCAGAACACGCUCGCAAGCGAAAGGUGCUAUCCGCCGCAUACGCUCUCCAGAAUCUCGAGAACUGGGAAUACAAGGUCGCAGACAAGGCCGAGAGAUUCGUCCGCGGAGCUGAUCGGGCGUGUACCUUGCCACUAAAGAAAGGUCUUCUCCGACCCGACAGAGCAGACCUCACCUUUGAUUAUCGAGCAUGGACAAAUUACUUUUCUCUCGACGCCAUUGCAGACAUCGGACUGAGCGAGCGCCUUGGCUUUCUUGACCAGGGCAGCGACCUCUGUAAGGCCGAGAACAUGGACGGCUCUCUCUUCAACGUCAACUACCGGGCGUGCCUUCACGCUACUGCUCGUAACCAGUCUGUUAUUGCCUGGUCCCACAACUGGUAUGGCUUCAAUCAGUGGCUCACAUCUCUCCUAUCGCCUGAUUUCCGUAACCGGUGGAACCUGAACAAAGGCUGGGACGGUAUCGUGUUGCACCGCGCCACACAACGGCUCAAGCGAUAUGAAAACGGUGAGAAGCUGCAAGACUUCUUCCAGUGUCUAAUGGAAGAUAAGCAAGGAAACCCGCACGGUCUCGAGUGGGGAGAGAUUGUCGCCGAAGUCUCUAUUAUGAUGAACGCCGGGAGCGACACCACAGCAAUCGCCAUGAACAAUGUCAUGUAUUGGUUGUUGAAGAACCCCGAAUGCAUGAGGAAGCUGCGUGACGAGGUCGACUAUGUCCUCGAUGGUGACGAGGUCGUGGCGCCUUACGAUAAAGUCAAGCAUCUUCCUUAUUUGCGAGCUUGUCUUGACGAAUCACUCCGUAUCACCCCAUCGACAACGUUCGGUCUACCCCGAAGAACUCCGCCCGAGGGUGCUAUGAUCCUUGAUGAGUUUAUCCCUGGCGGCACGAACGUGUCGAUCUCGGCGUACGUCGCGCACAGAGAUCCGGAGGUAUUUCCCAAUCCCGAGCGUUUCGAGCCAGAAAGGUGGCUGGGAGAGAAAGGAAAAGACCUACAACCCUACUUCAUUAGUUUCAGCGCUGGUGCGCGGGGCUGCAUUGGAAGAAAUAUCAGCUACCUCGAGCAGACAGUAUUAUUGGCUACUGUAGUACAUCGAUACGAGUUGGCGCUGCCGUACCCUGGUUGGGAACCCGAAAGACGGGAAGCCUUAAAUCUUAUGCCCGGGCCGAUGCCACUGAAGAUGUGGCGGCGGAAUUCUUGAUUAAAUCUCGCAGUAGGACAUGUUCAUUUUAUGUCAUUUCUUUUAGCGUUGGUAGGUUAGUUGCAUGGCACAUUUCAAUCAGAACUUUCUCAGUGAGCAUUUAUCUAGUUUGCGUUUAUGUAACCGAUUUGCACC